AUGGAUGAACCUGUAAAUCCUCAUGUUAUUAGGUUUUACACAAGGAAAGAUGUUGAGUAUUAUGAAAUCGCAGGUAAACGAAUAGCAAAGCCAAGUUUAACUAGCUCAAUACCUAGUAGUGGCUGCUUAAGCAGAGCACCAUUGGUUUUAAAGGGCAACAAUUUAAAACCACUGCCUGGAAUGAAUAAAAAUGUUAUUGUCCAAUUUUUAGGGGAUAGUACUCGUGACAGUAUUACCAUUACAAAUCCAAUCGAAGUUAAUAUGUGCUGCGAUAAAUGUAUGGUGGUUAUUACUCCAGAUAUUCCAACUGCAUCAGUCUUUCAUAUAAGGGUUGGCUUCAAUUGUAAAAAAAUAGAAAGGCAGUUAAAUUAUGACAAAUCUUUAAAUUUAUUAAAAUUUCCAAAUUUCGAUCCAAAGAAUAAUAAUAAAUCAAAUAUAAAUGAUGAAAUGGAGAUUCAAUAUCAACAAAAUACCAAUAAUAAUAAUGUAAAUAAUAAUAAUAAUAGUAAUAAUGGUGUAAAUAGCAACAGUAAUCAAAAUAUUAUAAGUAAUAAUGGUAAUAAUGAUAAUAAUGAUAGUGAUGAUAAUGAUAUAAACAACCAAUUAAAUACUUCACAAGAUAUAGUGGUUGAUGAAGCACAACAAAUGGAUUUGGAUAAAUCUACCAGCUCAACCACAACUACAACUACAACCACAACCACAACAUCUAGGGCUAAUACCGAAAUUAUAGAAACAAUAUAUAACAAUAACAAUGAAGUUCAAACAUAUAAUUUCGAUUCAGAUGAUCAUAUAAUUUGGAGUAAUGAAAUUGUUGUUCCAAUUGAAGUUUCAAAAUCAUCAAAGCGUUCAAAUAGUUCUCUAUCGAAUGGUUCUCAAAGUAAAGAUCCAUCAAAAAAAAAGAGAUCAAAACUAUCAAAAUCAUCACCAACAUUUACCUCACCAUCUUCGCCAUCAUCACCAACAUCACCUACAUCUCCUACAUCACCAACAUCACCAACAUCAUUCCCAUUCGUAGGUCAACAAACUCUAAGCAGUGAGUUUUUACAAUAUCUUAUGAAUGGUGAGUUGGAAUCUAUUAAAUCAUAUAUCGAGGCUAGACUUGCUAGUGAGCCAAAGGUUGUGUUUGACUUAGAGAAAAAGGACGAGGAUGGAUUUUCACCACUUCACUAUGCUUGUGCCUAUGGUAUGAAUGGCUUGGUAGGGUAUUUCUUAAAGAGUAAAGCGGAUCCAAAUUGUACAGAUAAAGAAGGUUGGACCCCACUACAUUGGUCAGUUAAGGCAAAUAAUCUUGAUGCCGUUCAAUUGCUUUUGGAAUUUGGUGCAGAUCAAUCAGUUCCUAAUCAUUCAAGACAGUACCCAUUGGAAAUGGCUUAUGAUAAGGGUUUUACUCACAUUGCUGCCACACUCCAAGGUGUAUCCGAAACAGAGUUUAAAAAGAAUAACGAGGCAAAUGAAAACGCCACAUUAGCAAUUAUUUCCAGUUCAACUAUUAGUGACGAAUCAAGCCAAUCAUCAACUGGUGGGCUAUCACAAGAGCAUAGAAUUCUUUUAAAGAAUGGUUUAGAACCUUAUAAUCCACCCGAGGGCAUGAACUUAAAAAGUGGCGUUAUUGAAAAGCAUAAUACACUCAAGUUUAUUCAGGCUGCAGAAAAACUAGGCUUAUACCCAGAGCACCGUUCAUCGUUGAUGGAGGCAUUUAAAUCACUUCGUACUCUUCGUUAUCGUUUGUUUUGGAUUAUGCUUUCAAAUCCCCUAUUUUCAAAGAUUUGUGAAUGGGAUACCGGUGGUGUUGACUUUUUAGUUCAUAAUAAGGAGGUACUUUUGGCUGCUUUAGGUUUAUACUUUGGUCUUCGUGGUAGUAACAGUGCUAUCGAUUGGAUGAGCCACUUGGCAAGAAGAAAAUGCCAUAAAUCUUCGGCCACUGGUGAUAUUUGGACAAAUCUCCGUGCCUCAACAUUUAAUUCUAAAACCGAUUUAGAAAAGUUAAAAGAUAUCACAUCUGAAAAAAGUGAAAAAACAAUAACAAAUGGUCGUUCAAAAUCCAAUUUAAAUAAUAGCGAAAUAAAUGAUGGUAUUGAAAGUAUAAUUGAUGAUAAUAACAAUAAAAACAAAAAUAAUGUAGAAAAUAGUAAAGGUAGUAAAAAUAAGGAAAAAGAAAAGGAAAAAGAAAAAGAAAAGGAAAAGGAAAAAGAAAAAGAAAGAGAAAGGGAAAAGGAAAAGGAGAGCAAAGAAAAAGAAAGAGAUACAGAUAAAGACAAAGAAAAAGAUAAAGAAAAAGAUAAAGAUGGUAAAAAAAGUAGAAAGAGCUCUAGAUCAUCAAGUAAUUUGGUUUCAAAUGUAAGACCUUUAACCUUUAUAAGUAACAAUGGCCCACCAACAAAUAAUAAAACCAAAAAACCUAAAAAAACAAGUUUACCACAAAUUUCACCUUCUCAAACUCAAUCCGAAGUAAUUCCUACUUUUCCUCCACAAACCAUUCAACUACUUUCAGAGCACCAGUCACAAGAACAACAAUCACAAGAAGAAAUACAGCCUGAGCUUAUUCAAGACCCAGAUACUCCUCCACCACAACUAAUUCAACAACAUCAACAACAAUUACAGCAAUUGCAACAAAUGCAACAAAUACAACAAAUGCAGCAGCAAAUGCAGCAGCAACAACAAAUUCAACAAAUACAUCAACAAAUACAAAUGCAGCAAUUGCAACAAUCACAACCACAACAAAACCAACCACAGAUUAUUGAUAGUUUAACCAAUCAAAUAUUACAAACUGACCAACAAGAUAUUAAUCAACUAUUAGAAGAGGAAAUAACCCCAGCAGGAAGUUUGGAGGUAAAUGCAGUUAACAUUAUAGAUGAACCAAUGAAACACCAUCAUGCAAUCAUACCGAAUAUGGGAGGUGAACCAACUCAUCACCAUAUUCAUCAUACAGAUUUAACAAUGGAUGAUCAACCAAGCCAAACAUUACUUACUGAACUUGAUGAACAACCAUCACAGCAACUUGCAUCACAACAAAUCCAACUCAUCGACCAAUUACCUCAACAACAACAUCUUAUUACAGAACACGAAGUAUUAAACGAUGGAACUAUUCAUCAUCAUAUAGUCGAACAUGAACAUCUUGAAGAGCACCAUCAUCACCAUCAUGAACAUCUUGAAGACAUUCAAGAACAUCAUGAAAUUGUAAAUUUAAAUGAAAACCAUCACCAUCAUCUCCACCAUCAAAUCGCCGCUUCUCUAACAUCCUCAGCUCCACCAUCACCAAAUCAUCCAUCCUCAAACAACCAUAUAUUAGAAAUUACAACCGAUUCAACUCAUGAAAUUGCAACCUCUUUAGUCGAACAACAGCAUCAUGAAGAACACCUUUAUUAA